AUGGCAACCGAAGAUGCGCGUUACCGACUCUCGACGCAAUACCGCUUGUGGUCCUUCUCCCCAUCGAAAUUGGCAGAAUUACGCGAACAGACGAACUCGCUUGCACGAACCCACAUCACCAGCCGCCUCAUCGAGACGAAACGGAUCGACCCUGAAGUCGAGUCUUUGCCCGAGUUCUUGACACCUGUCGAAGAAACACAGCUGCUGAAAGUCUUUACGGUGGAUCUUAUUCGCGCGGCCGAUUUCUGCGGUCUACCCACCGAAGUCAGAGCCACCGCGACCGUUUUCUUGCGCCGCUUCUAUGUCACCAACUCCAUCAUGACGUACCCGCCCCAAGACGUCCUCAAGACGUGCUUGUUUUUCGGCAGCAAGGCCGAAGGGCUGUACACACGGCUUGCCAAACUCGCAGAGAAGUUUCCCAAUACGACCGAGGAGGAGAUUCUGGCCGGGGAGUUCCUGCUUUGUCAGGGUGUGCGGUUCGCGUUUGACGUCCGACAUCCGUUCCGUGCGCUAGAAGGAGCUAUACUGGAACUGCGGCGACACGCCGACCUCGAGAAAGCCCGAAUCGACUCGGCCCAUUUUCGUGCCCGAGCUGUUCUUAAGUUCAGCUCCCUCGUCACCGAUGCAUACUUCCAUUACACGCCGAGCCAAAUCAUGCUGGCUUCGCUCUCGCUUGCCGAUCGAGGAUUGGCCGAGAGACUGGUCCAGGGAGCUUUUGCCCCUAGCCAGAACGGUACCUCGAAUGAUGAUGGAAUGGACACCACACCGCGACACGACUUGCGAGACAAGGUGAUGGGCGCAAUAGAAUCAUGCCGAGAAUUGCUAGCGACUGAGCCUCCGGAGAGACUGGACGAGUAUUGGGGAACUCCGGAGAGUACAAAGUUGAUCAAGCCGCUUUUACGAAAGCUCAAAAAGUGCAGAGAUCCCGAUCGUGCAGAUCUUGUGGCUCUGCAGAAGGCUCGGCGCGAGUUGGCGACGCAGAAGGAUUCUCGACGCACAAAGGCCGAGGGAGACGGUGCCUUGUUCGGUGGAGAUGGCGGAGCACUCGGCGGGAACGGGGCGCGGGAUCCCAAACGGAGGAAGGUCACCGAGGGCGACGACGUCUUUGGGCCCUCGUUGGGAUAG